AAUACUUUUAAAAUCUCUCGAAAAAGAAAUUAAAAUUAAAACUCUUUUAAGAAAUGAUUGAUAAAUUUAUAAUCGACAACAGGCACAUUUCGAAUGUAACUGAUCCAUAUCUUCUACCAUGUGCACACGUCAUGCAACUCAACUAUACAGAUCGAUGCAGUUUCAUUAGUUCGCAUUUAGAAUGUGGCAGAAAUGUCCACUAUAUGGACUAUCUCAAAUUCAUAUUCUGCACUGUUGGUGCCACAAACAUGCAUGAUUAUAUCGGUGGAUUUUUUAUUGUUUGCAUCAUGUGCGUUUACUUGUUCAUUACGCUUGGAACAACUGCUGACAAAUUCUUCUGUCCAGCACUUGCAGUCAUUUCAAAAAUGCUCGGUUUAAGCGAAAAUCUUGGGGGUGUUACAUUGCUUGCAUUUGGAAACGGAUCACCAGACAUUUUUACAUCACUCUUGAAUACCCAUGGCGAUACUGAACUGAUGUACACCCAACUAAUUGGUGGUGCAGCAUUUGUGACUGGAUUUGUUAUUGGAAUCAUCAUGAUUAUGCGACCGUUCAAGCUUGAGUGGAAAACUUAUGUCAGAGACGUUCUUUUCUUUACUUUUGCUGCCAUUUACAUUCAUGCUUCCAUUCAUGAUCAGCUGUAUGAGAUUUAUGAGGGAUUUCUGACUGUUGGAAUUUACAUUAUUUAUCUUUCGGUUGUCAUUAUUGAGCAUUUCGUCUACAAAAGGAAGUUGAAGCAAUUAAAGGAAUCGUCAAACAGGUCAAGUACUGAAUCAACAGAUAAGGAUGUUCAGAACAAGGUUGAAGAGCUGGAACUUAUAACGGAGAUUCAAAUAAGAAAUCGAAGGGAUUCAUCUGUGAUUUUAACAGAAGAAAUAACAACAGCAUUCAAAAGAGAGUUUGGAGAGGAUCCAAAUGAGGGUUUAUUUCAGAAGUUCUUUAAGGCUAUAAAUCCUGUGGAUAAGACGGAUUGGAAGAAAGCUGGUUACUUAGGGAAAUUCUUCAUGAUUAUUAAGGCCCCGAUCCUAUUUCUUCUCACCUUAAUAAUCCCCAUCGUCGAUUACGGCGAAGAGCUUCAUGGAUGGUCAAAACUACUCAACAUGCUUAACAUCAUAAUUCUUCCACAAAUGGUUCUUCUUUCCAUCCAUCAAUUUACAUUCAUGAUUUUCGGCUAUGUUCCGUUAGCUGUUUUAGUUUUCAUCGUUUCCAUUGCAAUAGACAUUGCAGUCUACAAGACCUCACGAAAUGACUGUCCACCAAAAUAUCAUGUCGCAUUCGCAGUCGGAAGUUUCGCUGGAUCAAUUUUGGUGAUUUAUAACGUUGCAAAGGAAGUCGUAAGUGUUAUGACGACAGUGGGAAUUAUUUCCGACUUGACAGAUUCAAUGGUCGGCUUAUCCAUUUUGGCAUGGGGAAAUAGCGUUGGCGAUGUAUUUGCAAAUAUUGCAUUGGCAAAACAAGGAUAUCAACAGAUGGCAUUUGCUGCAUGCUUUGGUGGACCAAUGUUUAAUUCAUUGCUUGGUAUUGGAUUAACGUUCAUUAUAAAAGGUAUCCGAUCGGAUAAUAAUUUAGCUCAUACUCGUGAAGGUGCAAUGGGACCAAAUUGCAUUCUGUUUCUAGUGCUGAUUUUGUUAUUUACACUAUUCGCAUUGCUGUGCACGGAUUUUGUAUGUCGACGAUCAAUUGGAUAUUUUUGUAUUGCCAUGUAUGUAAUUUUCCUGCUCUAUUGUCUGCUUGGCGAAUUUGAGGUUAUGCAUCCUUACGGAACAGAUCAUGGAAUGACGUGAAUAAUAAAUGAGAUUGCUUUUUCGUCUAAAUUCUAAAUUGAAUGCUUAAAUGGUAAUAAAAAUUUUAGUAAAUAGGAAAGAUUUAUUUUUUUCAGAACCUCAGUUGCAAGACUUUUUGUUGGUCCAGUUCUAAUGCUAAUGAUGAACUUUGCAUUAUUUUCAUCGAUAUUAAACAUCAAUCCAUGAUUUAAUUUACAAAAAACACGACUUACGUAGAAAGUCACUAGCUUCCGCAUUUGACUUAUGUUAGAUUACAGUUCUUUUAUA